AUGAUGCGCCAAACGCUCCGUCGAUCCUGUGCCGCAUGUGCCAAAGCCAAACACAGCUGCGACUUGCGCACGCCGCGCUGCUCUCGCUGCGAAAAGCGUCAGGUCCAGUGCAUCUAUGCGAACGAACCCUUGACGGCGCCGCCGGCACCUCCCGGGCGGGAGAAUGGCGGAUCGUUAGGACCUAUCGAGGGCCUUGGUGCGCUCACUACCUAUCAAUUUGGGUCUCUAGACCCCUUCGGUUCGUAUCCGCAGACGAGACUGCCCCGGGAGCGCGUCCAACGUCUCAUCCAUAGCUUCGUUCAUAAGAUUGCAUUUCAGUACUAUCCCCUGGAUCUCAAUCCUACCUCUAAUCCUUUUCUCAUCUCAUGGUGGCCUCUCGCUCUGGGUGAUCCGGCACUAUUUCACGUCUCGUUACAGACGGCAUGUCUGGAUGAGGAGUUGCUGGCGCAAAAGGGCUUUCAAGCCUCCGAGAUCCUUAACGCCGACUCUGUAGCCUUACUCCGACGCAAAGUACAGGAUCCGUCUCUUGCUGUACAAGACGGCACGAUGAAUUCUGUCAUUACCCUGGCGGCUAUCGAAUUCGGAAAAGGCAAUAUCAAAGUUAGCGAAAUGCAUGUCGACGGUGUCAAAAAGCUCAUCGAGAUGAGAGGUGGCAUCAACUCGGUACGGCAAACCAGUCCGCUGACGGCAAGAAUGGUGAGCUGGGUAUCGAUGAUUGUUACGGGCCACCCUCAGUUCGACACGCAGGAUGAUUUCGGCGCUGGCAAUGGCAUACCCACCAUCCCGGAAUGGCAGCUAGAGUCAACCGCCCGUUAUGAUCUAUCCGACCUUGGAACCAUUGAGGUCGAUUAUGCCGUUAGCAACGUCUUCAUCCGUCUUCGCAAUGCCUUCCAGCGGGCGCAGCAAACACCGUUGCCCUCCCCGCGACUUCACGACCUCACGUGCUUCGUUGUACACCGACUCCUUCUCUCGGUGCCGGAUUCGACAAUUUCUCAGUCAUCUUCACCAAUUACCGAGUGCAUUCGCUACGCAACUGUGCUGUAUAUGUUCACCAUUCAAGGGCCAUUGUACUACUCGCAUGCCGUCAUCUUGAACAUGAUCGUAACCCGAUUCAUGGAUAAUCUUAAGCAACUCGACCUGACAAACUGUGGACACAAUGACUCAUUAGACACGUGGUUCCUUGCCAUUGGGAUGGUCGCUUCAACUGGUACAUCGCACUACCAAUGGUUCACGCGCAGAGCAAGAACAUUAGCUGCUCACCUGACAAUCAGUGACUGGAAAGAAGUCCUUGUGCAUAUUAAGAACAUUCUAUGGUUAGACACAGCGCAAGGGGAAGAUAUAUUCCGACCUCACUGGGAAACGAUUCUCAAUACGUCCAGUCAACAAAUCUCGCCAGAUGUCGUGAUGUGUGUCUCGCCAAGGAGUACCUACGAAGUUCCACACCAUAUACCCUCUUGGUAUCCAGACUACCCAGACUACUCGACAGACGAAAGUCUGCCACUGUCGAUGGAAGAUAAAUUAGACAUGGAUGUGGUGCCAUAG